GUGCAGAACGUUUAUUGGCUGAGCGGCGUAGUCGCAGAGUCCGGCAAAGUGUCUCAACUGUAGAAUGAAGUGAAGAGGAAGUCGUUUUUAAUAUGGGAUUAUAGCCAUAUUUUAUAUUUAGCUGUAUAAAGCCACAUCGACGAUAAAUAGUGCGGUAUUUUACGCAGGAAUCGUCUUUCAACACCAACAACACAGCAGGUCGCCGUGAUGCCCAGGCGUAGACGGUGCGUGUUCGGAGGAACUUUAUAACUUCUCCGAUCCAUCCGACAGCACGACCUGCGGUCGGGUCACUCCGCGGGGCUUCUAACACUUGACUUUACUUCCCGCAGUCAUGCCGGCCCAGCCCUCGGCUCUGGAGCCUGAGGACGAGGAGGAGCAAGUGAUGGAGGAGGAGGAGCAGGACAGGAGGAGGAGGUGCAACGGGGAGGCGGAGCACGAGGUGGGCGGAGGAGGAGGAGGGGGAGGAGGAGAGGGGGAGGAGACGAUGGAGGACAGCACCGAGGAGCGGGACAGCGACCUGGAGGAGAGCGACGACGGAGAUGAGGAGGAAGGAGAAGAGGAGGAGGAAGAGGAGGAAGGGGAGAGCUCAGAGAUGGACGACGAGGACUGCGAGCGGAGGAGAGGAGAGUGUCUGGACGAGAUGACAGACCUGGAGAAACAGUUCCACGACCUCAAAGACAAGCUGUUCAGGGAGAGGGUGAGCCAGGUGAAGGAGAGGCUGGAGGAGGUGCUGACCGGGAGGGCGGGGGACUACAGAGAGCGCCUCAGCUCCCUGCAGGGCAGCACGCAGCUCCGCACUCAAGUGGCUGGAGUGUAUCGGGAGCUCUGUCUGCAGGUCAUCAAGCACAAGUAUGAGUGUGAACUGCAGGGAGCGAGACAGCACCUGGAGAGUGAGCGGACACUCCUGUUGGACGCCAUGAAGACAGAACUACUGGACAAGAUCAGGAGGCUGGAGGAGGACAGAGAGAGCACAGAGUGGUGGAGCGACGAUGUGAAGAGUAAAAAGUGCAAGAGGAAGAAUCUCCUGGCUCGGUCGGACAGGAAGAAGAAAGCUGCCCUGGUCUCAGGGCCCUACAUCGUCUACAUGCUGAGGGACAUCGACAUCAUGGAGGACUGGGCGGCCAUCAAGAAGGCCAAAGCAGCUCUUACACCACUAAAGAAGAAAACCGAGAAGCGAUGAUGGCCAUGAGGGACGUUUCAUGGUGACUUCUAAAGGACCAACUGGCAGCUGAACCAAAACCAACAGAACCAUUGAUAUGUAAUAAGAACCAACCCCCUGUCCUUUAGCUAACCAUAUACCAAUCUACUUUGACACUAUCGUAAACAUUGGUGUACUGUACUGCUGUCUGUGGGCUCCAAAGCAGUACACACUAGCAGACAUUUUUUUAAUGAUAUUUAAAAAAAGAAAGACCUGUCCUGUGUAUUUAUAUAACAUUUAUUUUACAGUGAAUUAAAUUGUAAUCGUUUAUGACGCA